AUGUUGUUUGCAGCUGUGAUUUGGGUUGUGCCAAGGCAGGCACCGCACAAAGCAAAUUAUGACGGGGAGACACCCCUGCUUUGCGCUGUGCAGAAGGGCCGUCGGAGCAUCCUGAAAGCCCUCCUCUCCCACCGUGCUGGUGCUGCCAGAACCUCACCACAUGCGCCUGUAAAAGCCGGAUGUGGAGGAACUUGGCCAAAAUUGAGUUGCAUUGCUUCGCACUUCGGGAUAAUGCCAACAUGUGCACCAGACAAAAUAUACCAAAGCAUUUUUGCAAAAGAAGGGUCGGGCUCGGGCUGUUUGGUUGCAGUCACCAGCGGCCUUUCCGACCAAAACUACAUUGAAGCCCAUAUUGUAGCAAAGACCAGGGUUUGGGGAUUGUUACAUCUCUUGCGUAGUUCAGGGCGUUAA